AUGGCCAAAUUAGCAAAUCAGUGGUACUCUGCCUUGCCGGACAUGGUGUCUCUAACAUAUGGGAGCUGUCGAAUCGAUCUGAAGCUCGUUAUUGAAUGGAUGCUCCUCCAUUUGAUCGAUGAUAAAGAUCAGCUUCAGAAGACCAACUGGAGCAACAAGUUGGUGUUUAACCCUGAGAGAGGCUUCUACCGCCCCACUGAGACUCUCUCCUCUGCCUGGAAACCUCUCGCCAUCCCUCAGCUCCGAAAAUAUGCCUCUGAUAACUACUGUCUCAUAUUUAGGAACAUCGUUCUGGACAAAUUUUUCAAAAGGAACCUCUCCUCAGACAUCAUACAGAAGAUCACUAGAGACUUCAUCACCUUAAGGAAUGCCGGCAUGAAGGUGGUGUUGAGGUUCUGCUACUCCAUCGAAGAAAAGAACAUCAACGACGCCCCGCCCGCUCAACUGGCGACCCAUAUACAGCAGUUAACACCUCUCCUACGGAAACAUGCUGGGGUGAUAGCAGUGCUCCAGGCGAGCUUCAUCGGGGUGUGGGGAGAGUGGUACUACACUGCUAACUAUGGCAACAAGGGUGUUGUCUCCUCCCAGGACUGGAAGAAGAGAUCCCAGGUGGUGAACCAGCUGCUCCAGGCACUUCCAGCAUCCAGGCAAAUCCAACUGCGAACUCCAUACUACAAGCGGAAGAUUCUCGAGCGAACCUCACCCAUCAAAUCGAGUGAAGCCUUCAAAAACAGUCCAGUAGCGAGGAUCGGCCAACAUAACGACUGCUUCCUCGCCUCAGACACUGAUAGAGGCACGUACCGUAAGAAGACGGACGAGUACCCAUACCUGAAGAAGGAAACACUUUACCUCUCCAUGGGUGGUGAGACUUGCGCGAAAAACCCCCGCAGGUCCUACUGCCCAACAGCACUGAGGGAGAUGGCGGAGCUUCACUACACCUACCUGAAUAUCGACUACAAUCAAACUGUGAUAAAAGAUUGGAGGUCCCAAGGCUGCUUUAACAAGGUCAGUCGCUGCGGGCUGGGAGGCGAAGGACUGAAAGAAUAG